AUGUCGCAGCAGACGUCCGACCGCUCCCCCGUGCCUGACCAGGCCGAGCUGAAUGCUUUCUUCCCCUCCAAGUACUCGCUGUCCCAGUAUGUUCCUCCCAAGACUGACUUCGACGGCGCCAAGUACGAUGCCUACACUGGCAAAUGGAAGAUCCUUCUGAUCGGCUCGCAGGAGCGCUACCUCAAGAUGGCCGAUGGCAAGUUCUUCUCGACGGGUAACCACCCUGUCGAGCUUCUCCUGCCUUUGUUGCAUCUUGACGCGGCUGGAUUCGACGUUGACAUUGCCACCCCUUCUGGCGAUGCGGUCAAGUUCGAAGUUUGGGCUUUCCCCUCUGAAGACGAGGCCGUCAAGAAGAUCUUCAACAAGUACCAGGAAAAGCUGCGUUCCCCUCUUUCGCUCGAAAAGGUAUGGGGCGCCGGCUUUACCGAAAAGACGCCUUACCUCGGCGUCUUCAUCCCUGGCGGUCAUGGUGUGCUCAACGACAUCCCCUUCUCGCACACUGUCGGCAAGGUGCUGCGAUGGGCCAACGAGUACCAGCGAUAUGUCAUUACGCUCUGCCACGGCCCCGCGAGUCUUCUCGCCGCCGACAUUGGCAAGCCAGAAGGUUCCAAGUACAUCUACGACGGCUACAAGAUCGUCGUCUUCCCUGACUCUCUCGACAAGGGCGCCAACAUUGACAUUGGCUAUAUUCCUGGCAAGAUGGAAUGGCUCGUCGGCGAGUCGCUCCGCAAGCUCAACGUUGAGAUCAUCAACGACAAGAUGUCCGGCCAGGUGCACCAAGACCGCUACCUCCUCACCGGCGACUCGCCCCUGGCUUCCAACAAUCUUGGCAAACUUGCUGCGUCGGUCCUCCUCCAAGAGGUGGCCAAGCGCCCCGCUCCCUGA